CAUUAUAGCGUAUCCAAAUAAAUUCUGCUCUAUACGUUCAUCCAAACGGUACGAUCGCUCGUGGAGAAUGAGAAUUGUCAGUUGCACGCGAAAGAGAAUGUGAAAGAGCGCGGAUCCGUUUUUCCUAGCCGCGGUUGAUACCGAUGGCAGAGAGGAAGGCGAAAGCCUCUUUCUCUUGAAGAUAAGCGAGGCUUCCCCGAAAGGGGGUAUUAGCUCGGCUGCGGGAGCUCCUCCGAUCUGGAGCCGGCAUGGGAGUGAAGUGAGAGAGGCUUUAUAAAUGCGUAUAGCGUACAUUCAUGACUUUCAGUCGGUGGGAGGUCAGUCUUUCGACGAGAACGAUACGACGCACACACGCGUAGAAUAUAGAUAUAUCAUUCUUUUCUCUCUCUGUCGUUCUUCGCCUUUCUCCCUCCCGUCCUUUUCUCACCGUUCGCUCUUCUUCGCCGCUUCGAUCACGACGACGAUAGCACACUGCGUCAUUACACGCGCCGUUGAAAAAUCGCGAAAAAUUUAUGCAAAUGUUUUUUAGUGUGUCACGAUAUUUUUGUGCUCUCUUUAUGCCAAGUCAGAUCAGUCGAAGCGGUUUGAGCUGUUAGGUUCGUCGGCCCCUAGAAUGCAAUCGGCCAGUGAGUGAGUGAGCGUAUUUUCAGUGAAGAAACGAAGUUUCUGAUAAAUAAUUCGCAUCGUCACAGUACAGACCACAAAAAUGAUUACUCGAACGGAGUAAAAGUUGUCGCUUACCUGAAUGUGCGAAAAAUUUGAAAUAUCAUUGAAGAAUAUUUGAAGAAAGUAUACACAUGCUGCAUUUCAAAUUCUUUCUUCAUAGAACGCUAACUUUUUCAAGUGGUUUUAUAUUAAACUCAAAAGAAGCAAAUUAUAAAUUUGCAAUAUCAAUAUUUAAAAUAAAAUUAAAAACUAUUAGCUAAACGCAAUAAAACAGUGAUUAUAAAGAUAUAAUAGAAAUAAACGCUUUAAUCAGCUGAUAAACUAAUCGAGGAUGAUUUAAUCUUUAUUUUAAAUUAUUAUGAAUUUAAAAAAUAUUUUAACAAAAAUAAUUAAACUAGAAAAUGUAAUGUAAAUAAAAAUAUUAAAUAUUGCAUAACAUAUUUUUCAUAUAAUGUGCGAUAUUCCCACGAUAGAGAGUCAUGUGAUUGAAAGAAAGUGAUUUAAUCUUCGCUGAGAGAAUAUUCUUGUUAAAGCAACGAGUUAAGAAGUGGUCUCACGUAGAACUCUCUCCAUUAAACAGCUGUGCGAGUGUUUAUGAAGAAGCUACUUCAAACUUGUAAAUCGAGUUGAAAUUGAAGAUGCUGGCUAUCGUGGCGCUACUAUUACAUCCUUUCCUGCUUAUCGGACUCGUCCUCGGCAGUCUGUACUUUUAUCUCACGGCGACCUUCGAUUUCUGGAAAUGUCGCGGUGUGCCAUACAAAAAGCCGACUGUGCUGGUCGGAAACUUCGGUCCUCUGCUCCUAUUUCGACAGUCGCUACCGGAAGGCGUCAAAGAGAUGUAUCAAUGGUUCAAGGAUGAAAGGUUCUUCGGCGUCUUUCGCGUGAGAUCGCCCGCGUUGAUCCUUCGCGAUCCCGAUCUGGUGAAAAGUAUAUGCAUCAAGGACUUCUCUUGCUUUCCGUAUCGUGGGAUUCCGAUCAAUAACGAGGAUCCGCUCAACGAGCACCUGUUCCACCUCGAAGGGCGCAAGUGGAAGAGCCUGCGGUCGAAAUUAACGCCCGCCUUCUCGUCCGGCAAGCUGAAGCGGAUGUUUUACCUGCUGGUGGAGUGCUGCGAGGAGCUGCAGAAGCUCAUCAGCGCGAGCUGCGCCGCGGAUCGCACGGUCGAAGUACGGGAACUGGCGACGAAGUUUACCAUCGACGUCAUCGGGAGUUGCGCCUUCGGCAUACAGAUAAACGCAUUAACUAACGAGGAGUCCGAGUUUCACAAGGCGGCGAAGAAGCUCUCGAGGCCGAGCUACAAAGCCACCCUCUGGAGGAUGCUACGUACGGCGAUGCCGAGGCUGUACAAGCUAUUGGGCGUGCAGGUCAUCGACCCGAGCGUCACUCACUUCUUCAAGGAUGUCGUGUCACAGGUGAUCAGCCAGCGGGAGAGCAAUGGUGUGAGGAGACACGAUUUCAUGGAUCUGCUGCUCGACCUGAAGAACAAGGGCGCGGUGGAGAACGAGACCGGAAGCGCGCAGAUCUGCAGCGACGAGGAUGCCCAGGCGGCGAAGGAAAUCGAAUUGGACGAGAACGCUAUUGCCGCGCAAGCAUUUGUUUUCUUUGCCGCUGGCUACGAAACAUCUUCGAACACGAUCGCAUUCUGCCUUUAUGAGCUUGCCUUAAACCAGGAGAUUCAAGAAAAGACUAGGCGAGAGAUCCGCAACGCCAUAAAGCCGCUAGGUGGAAAAUUAACUUACGACACGGUACAAGAGAUGAAGUACCUCGACAUGGUGAUAUUAGAGACAUUGAGAAAGUAUCCAUCAGCCCCGCUGCUUUCACGCAAGUGCGCGUUUAAGUACCAGAUACCGAACAGCAAAGUGGAGCUGCCAGCCGGCAUGCGGGUAAUCAUACCGAUUUAUGGAUUUCAUCAUGAUCCGAAUUAUUAUCCCAAUCCAGCUAAAUUCGAUCCCGAGAGAUUCACGGAGGAGAACAAACGCACGAGACAUCCUAACACGUAUCUGCCGUUCGGAGAAGGGCCACGAAAUUGCAUAGGAAUGCGAUUCGCGUUGCUGCAAAUCAAGAUAGGGAUAAUAUCGUUCCUCAAGGAUCAUCAGGUCGAGAUUUGCGACAAAUCGAUCGUACCAAUAAAAUUCAGCAGACGGAGUCUCGUGACCACAAGCGAGAAGGGAUUUUGGCUCGCCAUUACUCCAGUUUCCUAAAUCUGUAGAUUUAAAAAAAAAGCAUUUCUUUUAAGGUAUUAAAAUAUUUAAUGCCGAGAAAAAAUGGUAUAAUUGGUCAG